AUGUCUCGUAAUCGACCCCGGCCUAGAGACAAUGGGCUCGGCAACAAUGAGGAGAUGGAGCUGUGGACGCGCAUAUGUCAGGACAUCCGCAAGUCCAAAGACAAGUUCGAUCAGCAAGCUGCUCUAUCCGCGCAAAUCAAGACUCUGGUAGAGAAAAUUACCCUGAAUGGCAACAAACCGACGAUGACCGAGCAUGACCAGCUUGAUACAUGGCUACGGCAGAGCCAGAAGCUCAGCGAGGAGGAACGCUCCAUCAUGAUGGAUGAGCCAUGCGAUGUGAUCAAGAAUUUGGAGCUCCUUACUGCACUGAGGAAAGCUUCCGAAGCUGAAGCGCCCCCGAAUCGAUCAUCUGCACUAUCUAAAUCUCGGAAAAAACGGUCGGAUAUGGAGAGCUCGGCGACUGAUUCUCCUGGUGCCUCGGGUGUUGACAAGUCGAGUCGCUCCAAGGGUAUCGUCCCGCGCAGCGCCAGCGUGUCAAGCACCCAGGCGCGCGAGGGCCGUAGUGAAGGGGUUGCUGUGAAGAUUGAGGAAGGGUCCGAGGGGACCAAGGGGACUGUCGCUGAGCGCAGUGGUCUCCUCGUCGUGGGAGCUCAGGUGGUCUUCAAGCACAACAAGAACAAGCAAGGGGUGGAAGGCGAGGGAAUACAAUGCAUCAUUAAGAACAUCUCCGGUGAUGGACACAAAAAACGGUGGUAUGAUGUCCAGGAUCCUGAGCCAAAUGAGAAUGGCGAGCAGGGCGCUGUUUACAAAACUACAGCCUCAUCUCUCAUCCCCAUCCCACAAAUGAGCGGCUCUUUGCCUUCGUUCCCGACGGGCAAGCAGGUGCUUGCGCGAUACCCGGAUACAACUACCUUUUACAGGGCCGAGGUAAUGGGCGCAAAGAAAGAUGUCUAUCGUCUGAAGUUCGAAGGCGAGGAAGAUGACAAGGAGAUGGAGGUCGACCGACGCUAUGUUUUGGAUAUUCCUAACAAGUAG